CCAACCCCCAAAAGUUUCAUUACCACCCAACAAGAAAUCAAAAACAUCCACAAUAUUUUUUUAGAAGAAAAAAUUAAGACAAAAAUGGCGAAGGCUCUUGUGAUCAUAAACUGCAUAAUCCUAGCCAUAGGAAACUGUGGAGGUCCUCUGAUUAUGCGUCUCUACUUCAACAAUGGUGGCAAAAGGAUUUGGUUCUCUACAUUUCUUGAAACUGCUGGCUUUCCUGUUAUCUUCAUCCCUUUGCUCUUCUCUUACAUUCACCGGCGCAGAAACAACAAUGGAGGCGAAAAUGCAACAAGUUUCUUUCUUAUCAAACCGCGCCUUCUUGGCGCGGCUAUUUUCAUAGGCAUUCUCUCUGGCUUUGAUAAUUACUUGUAUGCAUAUGGUAUAGCUUAUCUCCCAGUUUCAACGGCUGCUCUCAUCAUUGCUUCACAGUUAGCUUUUAUAGCUAUCUUCUCAUUCUUCAUGGUUAAACAUAAGUUUACUCCUUUUACCAUUAAUGCUGUUGUGUUGUUGACUGUUGGAGCUGCGGUAUUGGGAAUGCAUACCGAAACUGAUAAGCCCGUUCAUGAGACCCACAAGCAAUACGUUACUGGGUUCUUGGUGACCGUGGCUGCAGCUGUUGUGUAUGCUUUUAUCUUGCCAUUAGUGGAACUUGCUUACCAGAAAGCUAAGCAACCCUUGAGCUAUACGCUCGUUCUCCAGAUGAUUUUGUGCUUCCUUGCUUCUAUUGUCAGCCUCAUUGGUAUGUCCAUCGCUGGUGAUUUCAAGGCUCUACCAAAAGAAGCAAAAGAGUUCAAGCUUGGAGAGGUACUGUUCUAUGUUGUGGCUGUGUUUUCGGCUAUAAUAUGGCAAGGCUUCUUCUUGGGAGCCAUUGGAUUAAUCUUCUGCACAUCUUCUCUCGUCUCGGGUAUCAUGAUAUCAGUCCUUUUGCCCAUCACGGAGGUUUUAGCUGUUAUAUUUUACCAUGAAAAGUUUCAAGCAGAGAAGGGACUCUCUCUUGCUCUCUCCCUUUGGGGUUUUGUCUCUUACUUUUAUGGUGAGAUAAAGUCUGACAACGAUAAAAAGAGAAUUCAGCAGGAGGAGAGUUCUUUGUCAUCAAGAACCAUAAGUGAGUGUUAAAACUAAACGAAUCAUAGA